UCUUUCAGUUCCGGAGAGCUCUUGAAAGAUCAGAAUCCUUGCAGACGAGAGAACCGAUCAGCUCAUCCUUGUUUGUCUAUCAACAUUCUGUGCAAAGAAGAAUCUUCUGAGUUUAUUGUGCCAACCACUACACUGCAAACCAGAAUUUCUUCUGUGUUAAGAUCACAGAAAAUACGCCAUGGGAGAGUCUGUUUCAAAUUAUUCAGAUUAUCACUAUGAUUAUGAUCAAUUUAACAUAACGCUAGAUUACAGCCAGUUUGUUCAUUUAUGCGAGAAUACUCAAGUUAAUUUAUUUGGAGCCAUGUUUACACCAGUCUUGUUCAGCCUCGCCUUUAUUUUCAGCCUGAUUGGAAAUGCUCUAGUUUUGUGGGUCCUGGUGAGAUAUGAGAGGCUGAGGACUGUGACAGACAUCUUCAUUUUAAAUCUGGUCACCUCCGAUGUACUCUUCACUUUCUCGCUCCCUUUCUGGGCUGUCGAUCACACGAAUGGAUGGAUCUUUGGCAAGGCCAUGUGCAAAAUAAUGAGUUCAAUUUUCUUCAUUGGCUACUACAGUGGGAUCAUGCUUCUCAUGCUGAUGACCAUUGACCGAUACUUUGCAGUAGUUCACUCUCUGUUUGCUGUCAGAUUCAGGAAGGUCUCCUAUGCUGUGACAGCCAGUUUAGUCAUUUGGGGAAUUAGUAUAUCAGCAACGAUCCCUGAGAUGAUCUUCUCUGAUAUUACGGGUAAUGAGGAGGAAAGACUAUACUGUACCAGUAACUAUCCACCCGAAAGUACUCAAAUGUGGCAACUGUUGGGGUGUUACCAGCAAAACAUUUUGUUCUUCUUCAUUCCCUUUGUUGUUAUUGUGUUCUGUUACUGGAGAAUUCUCAACACU